GUGCGCGCUUAGGCGCAUGCUCAAACGUCACCACUCUAGUAUGACGAGUGGUUUGAAAGACCAAUACAAACGCCCAACGGAUAGUGUUUGGCCAAUAGCAAGAGUGAAGGAGGGUAGCGUUAACGUAGCUAGCAUACCACCGCUGUAUGUCUGGGAACUUGUCGCAGCAGGCGAAAGAAGAAACCGUGAAAGAAAGAAGAUGGCGAGAGGCGGGCGCAGCUUACGGAGAGUAGCGGAGUACCUGAAGCAGUUACCGAGCACACCGAGCCGGGAAAUCCAGACCAGAAACAAUGUCAGAUACCUGUCGUCAUGUGGGAUCCUGAUGACGCGCGUGCCUCCUCUGCUGGGUGCAGCCAUGCCAGGACGUGUCAUCGUCCUGCCGGCACGCAGCUUCUUCAACCUCACCGACUCCUUUUCUAAGAGGAAGGAAUACUCCGAGAGACGCAUCAUCGGGUAUUCCAUGCAGGAAAUCUAUGACGUGGUAGCUGAGGUGGAGAACUAUCGGCACUUUGUUCCCUGGUGUAAGAAGUCCGACGUGGUGUUCAGGCGUUCUGGUUUCUGCAAGGCCAAACUAACGGUGGGCUUCCCUCCAGUGGUGGAGAACUACACUUCCCUCAUCACAACAGUACGACCCCAUCUGGUUAAGGCGUCCUGUUCCGAUGGGAAGCUGUUCAACCACCUGGAGACAGUGUGGCGUUUCAGCCCGGGCCUCCCUGGUUACCCUCGGACCUGCACUGUGGAUUUUGCUAUCUCCUUUGAGUUUCGCUCCCUCCUCCACUCUCAGAUCGCCAACGUCUUCUUCGACGAGGUGGUGAAGCAGAUGGUUUCGGCAUUCGAGCGGCGCGCCGCCACAAUACACGGCGCUGAGACGCCCAUCCCCCGUGAACUCAUGUUCCAUGAGGUCCACCACACGUAGCAGCAGCCGUCCCAGCUUCACAAACGCAAUCACACAAGCAACCCCAAUGCCAAAGACAAGAGGACAGUCCCUGUGCUCCGAGUGAAAACUGCAGUGCCUUUCCUACAACAGUUAACCUAUUGUCCGUCUCAGUUUUUAGAGCCGACGUGCAUCCGUUGGCUGAUUGUCACCUCAGUGCUAAACUGACGCAGACCCCAGAAUCAGACCGGGGUCUGGACCUGGGUGUGAGAGCGAGCUCACAUCUGUAAACGGCUGCUGUUGUGACGCCAGCCGGUUCCACCACUGAAAAUACGGGACGAAGCAGUGCUGACUUACCACGUUUCAAAUAGUUUUUAAUUUGCACAAAGAUUCUGACGUCUAUCUAAACUAUGCUGUCACAUCUGACAAAGCACAUCAGAAAAUCCAGCUGGAACCACAGAGUGGACAACAUUUUAGCUUUAGUGUUUACUAACUCUUCCUACUGAUUAUCAGCUGUUGUUGAACACUUUUCUACAUGAAGUGACCUUUCUAGGGUGUUUUUAGGUGAACAUUUACUGGUUCCAGCGUGUCAAAUGUGAGGUUUUGUUGUCUUUGUCAAAUCUGAUUGUAAAACUGUCCAUUUUGGGAUUUCUGACGAAUCAGCUUGUUGAAAGAAGUUGCACUGAGGGAAUCUUUAAGGGCAUUCGGGUUGAUUGGACGAAUUGGUUUUAGGGAAGUUUUUAUUUAGUUCACUAUGAAGCAUUUUCUAACCUCUGACUUUAUUUAUAUCUAAACAUAAAAGAAAAGAGAAGCAUUAGAACAUCAUAAAAAGGUAAAUCUAAGAGAUAUAACGUAAAUGAUAAAUAUUAAACAUAAUAUAGUAAACUAACAUAAUGUAGAAGGAUAUCUCUGUACAGGAGACAUGACAGUUGGUACUGAUACUUUUAAUUAAGAUCAACGAUUCUCAGUUUAAAAAUCAGUGCAAGAGAAGCAGAAUCUGUUUGGAGUGACCUGCAUCCAGCUGAAUGGGAGCGUGCGUCAGCAGGGUCCAGGUUCAGGUGCGUCAGCAGGGUCCAGGUUCAGGUGCGUCAGCAGGGUCCAGGUUCAGGUGCGUCAGCAGGGUCCAGGUUCAGGUGCGUCAGCAGGGUCCAGGUUCAGGUGCGUCAGCAGGGUCCAUGUGGCGUUCAGGUGCAGCAGGUUUUCUGUGAUGACUUGAACUACAUACAUGUCAAGAGAUCCACGGAUCAAGCCGAUAGCCAGGAAAACCCAGUCUUCUUUGCCUGUCCUAGCUUUGACAGAUUCCAAUAAUGCAUAAAAAGAGUUUAUCAGUGCAUUUUCAGUAUUUGACCAUUAACCAGAAUAUUGACCGAUUCUGAGCUCGGAUGGAUUGAUUGGUGCAGCUUUAAUGAAUGUGACAAUCCAGUUGCUCCUGGGUCAAAGUUCUGAACCUUCAACACAUGGAGCAUCUAAUGUGAAUGUAAACACAGCAUUUAGGUCAAGCUUUAAGUCCACAAACACUGAUCACAUUAGGUCCCAGCAACCAGCUCAGACAGGCCAGGAUGUGAACCCUGAUGUUUUUCAAGAUGUUUCUGAGCUGACUUCAUGGCAGCUGUUGUUUGUUCAGCAGCCACGCACCAAUCACAGAUGAUCAGGGCCGCAGCCUUUCUGUCCAGCUUACCGAGGUAAACAGUAAGAACCUUUUUGGUUAAUAAAAGGCUUCUCCUAUUCAUUCGGAGCUGUUUGCUGUUGAAUGAAUCUCAUGUUCUCCAUGAAAAAAACAGGAGGUUGUGUCUCUAUACCUGUAUGCUUAAAUCUUCCAUGGAUGUUGUCUGAGUGAAGCAUCAGGAGGGGACUGUGACCGAUCAGAAGAACAAACCAGGUUAAUAUUAAAUCAGUAGAUGCCUGUUGUCAUGGUUUCACAGUGUGUCUGACAGUUGGUACAAUUUGUGUUAAAUUACAUCAAAAGGGAUGAAACUGGGAUUUAACAGAGAUUCAAUGGUCUAAAUGUGAAUUAGACAGCUUCUAACUUUUUAAAAUUGGCUGUUCAACACAUGAUCGGCCCAAUUGUCGCAUCAGGCAGUCGUUUCCAUGACUACCUUACAGUGUCACAAUCUAAACUUUCCCACCCACCCGGCGCCCCCAGGCCUGCUGGCAGCGUAUUUAUCUGGAUUAUGAAAGGAGCAUCAUUCUCAUUAUAUUCUAUUUAUUUUUUUGUUUUCAGUAGAAAUCUUCUCUUUUAUUUGUAGCUGUUAGUUAACAUUUACAAACACAAUUCAAACAUUUCAAUAUUGAAGGGAACGCUUAAACAGCAAUGUUGGCAUCCCCUCUCUUUAUCAUUUUUUCUGAUUGCCUAUCUUUUUAUUCAGUUUUUAUUGUGUCUGAUUGUAACUGUUAACUCAGGCAGCUUCAAGUGUCGGUGUGUAAAUAUUAGUUUUUUCUGAGAGAGCGGUACUCUGUGCUCUUAGAGAGGAUGGAGAUCGCUGUGUGUCAGUGUUUUUUCUGGUGUGUGGAAAGGUGUUUGUGUGAAAAUGAUGUUUGUGUUAAAAAUCUUUGGACGAUGUACCAACUGCAUGAUGUAUAAAGUAUUUUUUGUAAAAAACAGAACGACUUUCUGUGGUGAUUUUCUCUGCUUGGUGCCAGUCCUACUGGUCUGGCUCAUCAUGAAAGAAAUAAAACAAAAGGCGGCUGAA